AUGUCAACCCAAGCUCCCCCGGCCAUUCCUCCUCGGCCGGCUCGUUCUCCCCAGCCAUCAUCGUCGUUGGAGAUGCCGAAAAUACCACCCCGCCCGGGUAACCGCCGCAAUGACCGCUCAGUAUCGCCGAUGCGCGAUAGCUAUGCCCCUUCGCCGCUCAAUGAAUGGACCGGCCCUGGGAUGAGCCGUACCGCAUCCAAUGACGUGCCCCCGCGCCCCCCAAGCGUCACGAUACCAUCUCUGGGCGAGGAAGGUAUCGAGUAUGCCGAUCUCGAUCCAGGAAAUGUGUCAGACAGUCACCAUCAAACGCCCGCAGAGACACGCAAUGUCAGCAGUGAUCUGAAGAUCCAUGCACCAAGACCUUCGCUACCUACAUCAAGUGCGGAAGCUAAGGUCCAGGCUGUCACUCGCACCGAUUCCCGUCAGGCUGCCGCGGCAGGACUCGGCCGUGGGGUCUCACCCUCCCGUGAGGAACAAGAACGCUCCAGUCGUGAGUUACACUCCCGGGCCAGCGGUUCUCGUGCGGACUCGUCUACCGCUUCGCAUGAUCGCCGAUACUCGGCUCAGCAAUCCGAGGAGCAGGGAUUCCGGGUACCCAUGUACCCCAACGCUGGCGAUGUUCAGGCUCCGUCCCCGAGCCCUCAUGUUGACCAAGGGUCCCAGCGAUCCGGUCGUAACCACAACCGCACCCGUAGUGCACGAGACUCUUCGCUGCCUCCAGGUAGCUAUGGAUUGCAUGGGCAUGGUGUUCAGCAAUCCGACAAAUUCGAGAAGGCUUGGUAUGAAAAGCAUCCCGACGAAUUCGUGAAAGAAGAAGGCCAAUAUGGCCCCGGUGUUGGCACUCCGCGCCCUGACUGGGCUAUGAGUAGCGACAAUCUGAAUAAGAUUGUGCGUGGCUCUGCGCAAACUGGAUCAGGCCUGGGUACUUCCCCAGGUGUUGUCGGGACCCCCGAAGAAGAAGUUGGAUACAUGGCGUCCGAUGAGUACAUGCAUCGCAUGGCGGGUCCUGAGGCACGCCACGAAACUCAGCCAUCAGUCGAAUCGCCCCUCCGACAAAUGAGUUUCCCUUCGGAAACCGCGCAGCAAUCGACUGGAUCGCCCUUGCGUGAGCGUAGAUCGAGCUCGCAUGGAAACCAUGAGAGUGGGGUGAUUCACGUGGAUGAUCCGAAGCACCCUUUACAUCACCCAGACGGGUUUUCUGCCACCCCAACCUUGGAAGAAACCAAUCCCACAUCUGACGAGACUCAGAAUGACGAGGAGCCAAUUCUGGCUGCCGAUCAAGUGCGCCCUGAAUCGGCCUACCUCCAUCCUGCUAUUUCGCCUACAUUUGAUCGCCGCGGCAGCUUCGAGGAUGAAGCCCGCAGUCGAACUCCUAGCGGAUCACACAGUCGUUCACACAGUCGCUCGGCCAGUGCCCAGGGCUAUUUCCCUUCGCUGACGCGCUAUGAUUCGCGGGAAGAUACCCACACCCCCCUGGAAGAUGUCGAGGAAUAUGAGCCGUUGUUCCCCGAGGAUGAUAGCAAGAAAGAGAGACCCGCGUCCACAACAGACCGAUUCAAGAACCGACCCGACUUGCUCAAGCAUAGGUUCCCCAGUCAGGAUAUCUGGGAAGACACUCCCAAUAGUCUGCAGCUCCACGCUACAGUGACUACUCCAGAAAUUCCCACUCAGGAUUCACCAGAGACCUUUGAAACGCCCGAGCAAGAGGCUACACGCAGAAUGCAAGCAGACAAAGUCGACUCACACCAGGUUGCUAGUCACAUACUGGAAGGUGAAGCUGCUAAGGAAAAGCCAGUGCGGCCGGAUACAUUCAAGCAACGUUUCCCCAGCAAGGAUAUCUGGGAAGAUGUCCCCGAAAGCCAGCGGUUGGUCACCACCGUCGAGCCUGCAAAGGAAGAAGUGAAGAGCCCAGAUGUCCCGUCUAAGCCCACAAUUCCCACACGCCCGCAGAGACAACCCCAAUCCCAUCCAAUUGAAAAGCGGCAGCCACCAAGCAUCCCGGAGAGACCAAAGCCUCAGGUCCCCAACCGUCCCACUAAGCCAAGCUCGCAGGUUCCGGCAGCCAGCGACGAGACCCCGAAGGAGGCACCUCCAGUGAAGCCCAAGCCUGCAGUUCCAGCUCGUCCCGGUGGAAGCAAAAUCGCGGCCCUAAAAGCCGGGUUCCUUACUGACUUGAAUUCACGCUUGCAACUCGGUCCCCAGCAACCCAAGCCCCAAGAGCAGGUGCCCGAAGCGCCGGUUGAAAAACAGCCGCUGAGCGAUGCCCGCAAGGGAAGGGCUCGUGGCCCAGCUCGUCGUAAGCCUGCGGUGGAAAAGCCUGCCGCGGAGAAAUCCACCGCAGCUCUCCCGACCGCCCCUGAAAUCAAGAUCACGGAGUCUUUGAAUGUCUGGCAGGUUGGCCAAGAUGGCAGAGUGACUGUUGGCUCGGGAAAAAGUACCGAGAAGCAACCUGUUGCAUCUCAGGACAAGCCUAUUUCACCCCUGCAGUCAAUGGCCCCUCCGAUUGCUCAGAACGCCGCUGGUGAAUCUGUAGAUCCAACGCCCGAAUCACCCGUGCCAGCAGACGAUACCUCACUACCCCCGACCACAGCAGAGGAUGAGACCGCUCAUGUUGCCACCGCAGAAACAAAACACACCGAGCCCACCGAGCCUACCGAGCCUCUUGGGUCUACUGAACCUACCGGACCUACCGGACCUACCGAACCUACCGAACACCCAGUGACAUCGAUUUCACCCCUUUUUAAACAACCUGGAAUCGAGAAGGCAGAGCAGGCUGCAGAGUCACCAGGGGCUACGGAUGCAACCACCGCCCAGAGUACCGAAAUUCCUCCAUCUUCGCCAAAGCUAGACGACACCCUUGAAGAGAUGACUGCAUCUGCAGAUGGCAAGAGGGAGUCUGAUGGUCAUGUCCACCAAGUAGAGUAG